CCGCCGAGGGGCGGGGCUUAGCAGAAACCGGAAGAGCAAAGUGUUCGAGCGGUGCACAUGAUUGGAAACCAAAACAAUGAAGGCGAUCAUUCAACGAGUAACAAAGGCAAGCGUAACAGUCGGGGAGGAGCAGAUCAGCUCCAUAGGCAGAGGGCUCUGCGUCUUACUCGGCAUCUCACUGGAGGACACGCAGAAGGACGUGGACUACAUGGUACGGAAGAUUCUGAACAUGCGUCUGUUCGAGGAUGAGAACGGCCGUGCCUGGAGCCGCAGCGUGAUGGACAGAGAGCUGGAGGUGCUGUGUGUGAGUCAGUUCACUCUGCAGUGUAUCCUCAAGGGAAACAAGCCUGACUUCCACUCUGCCAUGCCGGCCGAACUGGCCCAGCCCUUCUACAACAGCAUGCUGGAGCAGCUGAGGGAAGCGUAUAAACCAGAAUGCAUCAAAGAUGGGCAGUUUGGUGCAAAAAUGCAGGUACUCAUACAAAAUGACGGACCUGUGACCAUUCAGCUGGAGUCUCCUGCUGGCCCUACAGACCCUAAACUGCUGUCCAAACAAGAGAAGCAACUACAGCGUAAAGAAAAAACACGGUCGAAAGGCCCCUCUGAGUCCAGCAGAGAGAAGGCAGCUCUUCGCUCGAAAGCAGACCCCAGUGCCAGCAGCGGAGCCGAGGGAGACGUGUCCUCUGAACGAGAACCAUAAAGUACCUCACGGAUUUUGCACCUUGCAUAUCCAUCCAGCUUCCAGUGGAAUGCUGCUGUCUUCAGGGACGUCUUUCAGUGCAGCUCAUACAGCUGACCCUCUGUCUUAUCAUUUUCCCUCUCAAAUGUCCGCUAUAGUGCCCAGUCUGAUUUUCUUCUGAAACCGGGUUUGUAUAUAAACAUAAGAACAAGCGGCAGCUCCACAUUUACUAGUAGAAAAAAGACUCAGGCACACAUCAGUGGUGUUUUAGCACCACUUUGAACACAUUAUCUGAAUAUUUACUAUGCCAUCUAAUUUAUUGAAAUGUAUACAUCUCUGUAAUGUGUUUUAAUAAAAACAGGAGAGAAAAAUGUGCAAUAUUAAUUAUUCCAUAGCCACUGAGUACUGUUGUUCUUUGUAUAUAAUGCUAUCAUUUUUGAAGAACUUGUUUAGAUCUAUAAAAAAAUAUAUUAUUUAUAAAUCUAUUUUCUAUUACUACAAAGGGACUGCCUGUCAUUAAGGUCCUAGCUUAAAAUUGAAAUCAUAUAUGGCCUAAUGCAGUGUGAAACGCAAAAGAGUAAAUAAUUUCAUAGAAUAAUAUGGUAAAUAACAAAAGGACAAAGGAGCUUUUGUGAGUCACCUGCUUUUCUGCGCGGCACUUUAGGUGGGAAAAAAAGCAAAAGAGGAUUGUUUCUGAAUGUGAAAAACACGUGUGCCUGUACAUUUUAAUAAUAAAAAGCGUAAUGAUUGUCUUACACUUGGA